GAUAGUGUCGUGGACUUUAAAUCUGCCACAGGAGACGAUAAGGAAAUAAAGACAGGGCUCCAUAAAGCCUGGUUGAGCAGCCUAGAAUUCCGUUAUAAGUUACUGUAUCUUCAGUGGCGCGGAGGCGCGUUGGAAUAGGCUACCAGUAGUUUGCGUAUUGUUCUGCGGCUCGACGGGCACAAGGCGUUUUUUUCAGUCAAUCCUUAAAUGUUAAGAAUACCAGAGCUUGGUAAAGCUACCCUAUACGACUGCCAUUUAGGGAGAGAUGACCACAACAACCGCACCUUAUGAGCUAUUUUUGAACGUUUUGUCCCGGUCACAUUUGGGAUUUCUAGAUAUGUAGUGCGUUUCAAGUUAACUACAAAUGAAUAGCGGUCCCCGGAUGUGCCACUGUAUAUCUUAUGUACGUUUUUGUAGUAUAGAUAUUAUCAUACAUCCUAUGCUCAUCGCGCACUUAUUUCAGGAAUGGGGAAUCAAGCCGAUAAAUAUUUAUCUAAAUUGUACAGUCCACUGGGGAUGGGACUGCGGUAAAUAAAAGAAGAAAAAAGAAGUGCAAUCGCCGGAUAUACAAAAUAGAUUAGAUUAGAUUUAAGAGUUUUUAUAAGGGGAAAUAAGGGAAGGGAAAGCUGAACAGGCGGAGAGUUGAGCAGGCGGGUCACCAGCGCGAAACGCUAACUUUUAAUUGGACGCUUGCAGUUAGCGCUCCACCCAGAAAACGCAAACUUUCUUCCUCUUGGACCGUUUCUCACGGCUUUAGCGAAAUUGUGAAGACAGGAGUGUGAGUCGUAGGGCUCGAUCGAGUUCGAUGUUAGAAUCUAUAACACAUUUCGUUUGAUUCUGUCACCAUACGCAAAGAGGGUCGAGAAGAGAGGACAGAAACGAAAACGCGAGCGCGUGCUGUUGACAUGCCGGGGGGCAUCAGCAAAUAAUCCACGCGCAACUGUCACCGAUAGAGCCUCAUCAUGAGGGGGCUGUCCUUUAACGGGGUCUUGUCUACGACGCUUCUUGGCCUUUGGAUGUUUUUUAAGGUUUCAUGUGAACAGUCAGUCUUAAUUACAGGGGAAAACAGUACCACAGUGACCACAAUCAGUGGACCAUUUGCUGAAGACUCAGAGUCUGUUUCCAAUGCAACAUGGCCGUAUCCAAUCCUUUGGUUAAAUGCCACCACGAUCAACACAACGGUGGUGGUUCUGCACUGGCACAGACCUCAGGGGUACCAGCAGGGAUACUCAAACAGGGUGGAGACCUCCGGCUGUACUUCUGCCCCACGGAACCAGACAGAACAAGACUCCAUGGCCACCAUCACCGGCCUGACCCCAGGAACCAACUGCUCCUUUACCGUCUACUCCCAGGUCCAGAAUGGCAUUGAGGGAGAGCCUAUCUCUGUGUACCAGUACACAAAGCCUGAAAGAGUGAGCCCUACCAUUCCAAACAGAGGCACCAGUGACACCAUUGAGGUGACAUGGCUGUCUCCACCUGGCAAUGUGGAAAAGUACAAGGUCAACUUGACCAGCAAUUAUGGAGACAACCAAACAAAGUUUCUCAACUCCAGCUUUCAGUCAUGGUUAUUCAGUGGCCUGGCAGCUGGGAGAAACUACACAGUCGUAGUGACCACAAUCAGUGGACCCUUUGCUGAAGACUCAGAGCCUGUUUCCAAUGCAACAUAUCCCAAUCCACCUGGAGCUAUUCAUGCAGAAGGGCAGACCACUGAUUCCAUUACUAUCAGUUGGGGUAGGCCCCAAGGCAUGGACUUGGGCCAGUACAGUUUCAUCAUAUUCUGUCAACCCCAUCAAAAUGGUCAAAAUGAGAGCACAAACAACACUGCUGUAUUGGAGAACCUGACAUCCGGGACUCUGUACAACAUCUCGGUGGUAACCGUAGGUCCAAUGGGCUACCACAGCUCUGCAGCCACUGCAGGAAUCUACACCAGGCCGUAUCCCAUCCUUGGGUUAAAUGCCACCACCAUCAACACAACGGUGGUGGUUUUGCACUGGCACAGUCCCCAGGGGUACCAGCAGGGAUACUCAUACAGGGUGGAGACCUCCUGCUGUAUGCCUACCCCACGGAACCAGACAGAGCAAAACUCCAUGGCCACCAUCACCGACCAAAACUCCAUGGCCACCAUCACCGACCUGAUUCCAGGCACCAACUGCUCCUUUACCGUCUACUCCCAGGUCCAGAAUGGCAUUGAGGGAGAGCCCAUCUCUGUGUACCAGUACACAAAACCUGAAAGAGUGAGCCCUACCAUUCCAAACAGGGGUGCCAACGACACCAUUGAGGUCACAUGGCUGUCUCCAACUAGCAAUGUGGAAAAGUACAAGGUCAACUUGACCAGCAAUUAUGGAGAUAACCAAAUAAAGUUUCUCAGGUCCAGCUUUCAGUCAUGGUUAUUCAGUGGUCUGGCAGCUGGGAGAAACUACACAGCCGUAGUGACCACAAUCAGUGGACCCUUUGCUGAAGACUCAGAGCCUGUUUCCAAUGCAACAUAUCCCAAUCCACCUGGAGCUAUUCAUGCAGAAGGGCAGACCACUGAUUCCAUUACUAUCAGUUGGGGUAGGCCCCAAGGCAUGGACUUGGGCCAGUACAGUUUCAUCAUAUUCUGUCAUCCCCAUCAAAAUGGUCAAAAUGAGAGCACAAACAACACUGCUGUAUUGGAGAACCUGACAUCCGGGACUCUGUACAACAUCUCGGUGGUAACCGUAGGUCCAAUGGGAUACCACAGCUCUGCAGCCACUGCAGGAAUCUACACCAGGCCGUAUCCCAUCCUUGGGUUAAAUGCCACCACCAUCAACACAACGGUGGUGGUUUUGCACUGGCACAGUCCCCAGGGGUACCAGCAGGGAUACUCAUACAGGGUGGAGACCUCCUGCUGUAUGCCUACCCCACGGAACCAGACAGAGCAAAACUCCAUGGCCACCAUCACCGACCAAAACUCCAUGGCCACCAUCACCGACCUGAUUCCAGGCACCAACUGCUCCUUUACCGUCUACUCCCAGGUCCAGAAUGGCAUUGAGGGAGAGCCCAUCUCUGUGUACCAGUACACAAAACCUGAAAGAGUGAGCCCUACCAUUCCAAACAGGGGUGCCAACGACACCAUUGAGGUCACAUGGCUGUCUCCAACUAGCAAUGUGGAAAAGUACAAGGUCAACUUGACCAGCAAUUAUGGAGAUAACCAAAUAAAGUUUCUCAGGUCCAGCUUUCAGUCAUGGUUAUUCAGUGGUCUGGCAGCUGGGAGAAACUACACAGCCGUAGUGACCACAAUCAGUGGACCCUUUGCUGAAGACUCAGAGCCUGUUUCCAAUGCAACAUAUCCUAAUCCACCUGGAGCUAUUCAUGCAGAAGGGCAGACCACUGAUUCCAUUACUAUCAGUUGGGGUUGGCCCCAAGGCAUGGACUUGGGCCAGUACAGUUUCAUCAUAUUCUAUCAAGCCUCUCAAAAUGAGACCACAAACAACACUGCUGUAUUGGAGAACCUGACAUCCGGGACUCUGUACAACAUCUCGGUGGUGACCGUAGGUCCAAUGGGCUACCACAGCUCUGCAGCCACUGCAGGAAUCUACACCAGGCCGUAUCCCAUCCUUGGGUUAAAUGCCACCACGAUCAACACAACGGUGGUGGUUUUGCACUGGCACAGACCCCAGGGGUACCAGCUGGGAUACUCAUACAGGGUGGAGACCUCCUGCUGUAUGCCUACCCCACGGAACCAGACAGAGAAAAACUCCAUGGCCACCAUCACCGAACAAAACUCCAUGGCCACCAUCACCGACCUGAUUCCAGGCAUCAACUGCUCCUUUACCGUCUACUCCCAGGUCCAGAAUGGCGUUGAGGGAGAGCCCAUCUCUGUGUACCAGUACACAAAGCCUGAAAGAGUGAGCCCUGCAGUUUCAAACAGAGGCACCAAUGACACCAUUGAGGUCACAUGGAAGCCUCCACUUGGCAAUGUGGAAAAGUACAUGGUCAACUUGACCAGCAAUUAUGGAGACAAUCAAUCAAUGGUUGUCAGCUACAUCGUUCCGUCACCGUUAUUCAGUGGUCUGACACCUGGAAGAAAAUACACAGUCGUAGUGACCACAAUCAGUGGACCCUUUGCUGAAGACUCAGAGCCUGUUUCCUGUGCGACAUGGCCGUAUCCCAUCCUUGGGUUGAAUGCCACCACGAUCAACACAACGGUGGUGGUUCUGCACUGGCAUAGACCCCAGGGGUACCAGCAGGGAUACUCAUACAUGGUGAAGACCUCCGGCUGUACUUCUGCCCCACGGAACCAGACAGAGCAAGACUCCAUGGCCACCAUCACCGGCCUGACCCCAGGAACCAACUGCUCUUUUACCGUCUACUCCCAGGUCCAGAAUGGCAUUGAGGGAGAGCCUAUCUCUGUGUACCAGUACACAAAACCUGAAAGAGUGAGCCCUGCAGUUUCAAGCAGAGGCACCAAUGACACCAUUGAGGUCACAUGGCGUUCUCCACGCGGCAAUGUGGAAAAGUACAUGGUCAACUUGACCAGCAAUUAUGGAGAUAACCAAAUAAAGUUUCUCAGGUCCAGCUUUCAGUCACAGUUAUUCAGUGGUCUGGCAGCUGGGAGAAAAUACACAGUCGUAGUGACCACAAUCAGUGGACCCUUUGCUGAAGACUCAGAGCCUGUUUCCAAUGCAACAUAUCCUAAUCCACCUGGAGCUAUUCAUGCAGAAGGGCAGACCACUGAUUCCAUUACUAUCAGUUGGGGUCGGCCCCAAGGCAUGGACUUGGGCCAGUACAGUUUCAUCAUAUUCUAUCAACCCCAUCAAAAUGGUCAAACUGAGAGCACAAACAACACGGCUGUAUUGGGGAACCUGACAUCCGGGACUCUGUACAACAUCUCGGUAGUGACCGUAGGUCCAAUUGGCUACCACAGCUCUGCAGCCACUGCAGGAAUCUACACCAGGCCGUAUCCCAUCCUUGGGUUAAAUGCCACCACGAUCAACACAACGGUGGUGGUUUUGCACUGGCACAGACCCCAGGGGUACCAGCUGGGAUACUCAUACAGGGUGGAGACCUCCUGCUGUAUGCCUACCCCACGGAACCAGACAGAGAAAAACUCCAUGGCCACCAUCACCGACCAAAACUCCAUGGCCACCAUCACCGACCUGAUUCCAGGCACCAACUGCUCCUUUACCGUCUACUCCCAGGUCCAGAAUGCCAUUGAGGGAGAGCCCAUCUCUGUGUACCAGUACACAAAGCCUGAAAGAGUGAGCCCUGCAGUUUCAAACAGAGGCACCAAUGACACCAUUGAGGUCACAUGGAUGCCUCCACUUGGCAAUGUGGAAAAGUACAUGGUCAACUUGACCAGCAAUUAUGGAGACAAUCAAUCAGUGGUUGUCAGCUACAUCGUUCCGUCACCGUUAUUCAGUGGUCUGACACCUGGGAGAAAAUACACAGUCGUAGUGACCACAAUCAGUGGACCCUUUGCUGAAGACUCAGAGCCUGUUUCCAAUGCAACAUAUCCCAAUCCACCUGGAGCUAUUCAUGCAGAAGAGCAGACCACUGAUUCCAUUACUAUCAGUUGGGGUAGGCCCCAAGGCAUGGACUUGGGCCAGUACAGUUUCAUCAUAUUCUGUCAACCCCAUCAAAAUGGUCAAAAUGAGAGCACAAACAACACGGCUGUAUUGGAGAACCUGACAUCCGGGACUCUGUACAACAUCUCGGUGGUGACCGUAGGUCCAAUGGGCUACCACAGCUCUGCAGCCACUGCAGGAAUCUACACCAGGCCGUAUCCCAUCCUUGGGUUAAAUGCCACCACGAUCAACACAACGGUGGUGGUUCUGCACUGGCACAGGCCCCAGGGGUACCAGCAGGGAUACUUGUACAGAGUGGAGACCUCCGGCUGUACUUCUGCCCCACGGAACCAGACAGAACAAGACUCCAUGGCCACCAUCACCGGCCUGACCCCAGGAACCAACUGCUCCUUUACCGUCUACUCCCAGGUCCAGAAUGGCAUUGAGGGAGAGCCUAUCUCUGUGUACCAGUACACAAAACCUGAAAGAGUGAACCCUGCCAUUUCAAACAGGGGUGCCAACGACACCAUUGAGGUGACAUGGAUGCCUCCACCUAGCAAUGUGGAAAAGUACAUGCUCAGCUUGACCAGCAAUUAUGGAAACAACCAAACAAAGUUUCUCAACUCCAGCUUUCAGUCAUGGUUAUUCAGUGGUCUGGCAGCUGGGAGAAAAUACACAGUCGUAGUGACCACAAUCAGUGGACCCUUUGCUGAAGACUCAGAGCCUGUUUCCAAUGCAACAUAUCCUAAUCCACCUGGAGCUAUUCAUGCAGAAGGGCAGACCACUGAUUCCAUUACUAUCAGUUGGGGUCGGCCCCAAGGCAUGGACUUGGGCCAGUACAGUUUCAUCAUAUUCUAUCAACCCCAUCAAAAUGGUCAAACUGAGACCACAAACAACAGGGCUGUAUUGGAGAACCUGACAUCCAGGACUCUGUACAACAUCUCGGUGGUAACCGUAGGUCCAAUGGGCUACCACAGCUCUGCAGCCACUGCAGGAAUCUACACCAGGCCGUAUCCCAUCCUUGGGUUAAAUGCCACCACGAUCAACACAAUGGUGGUGAUUCUGCACUGGCACAGGCCCCAGGGGUACCAGCAGGGAUACUCAUACAGGGUGGAGACCUCCGGCUGUACUUCUGCCUCACGGAACCAGACAGAACAAGACUCCAUGGCCACCAUCACCGACCUGAUUCCAGGAACCAACUGCUCCUUUACCGUCUACUCCCAGGUCCAGAAUGGCAUUGAGGGAGAGCCCAUCUCUGUGUACCAGUACACCAAACCUGAAAGAGUGAGCCCUGCAGUUUCAAACAGAGGCACCAAUGACACCAUUGAGGUGACAUGCCUGCCUCCACGCGGCAAUGUGGAAAAGUACAAGGUCAACUUGACCAGCAAUUAUGGAGAUAACCAAAUAAAGUUUCUCAGCUCCAGCUUUCAGUCACAGUUAUUCAGUGGUCUGGCAGCUGGGAGAAACUACACAGUCGUAGUGACCACAAUCAGUGGACCCUUUGCUGAAGACUCAGAGCCUGUUUCCAGUGCAACAUAUCCAAACGCUCCUGGUCCAAUCACGGUCACAAACAAGACCACAAAUUCAGUCGCCAUAGAGUGGACGCCGGCUCCCGGCAUGGACCGUGGCUCUUUCUCUUACCAUGUGACCUACGGCUCGUCAGCACAUGACCUUAAAUCACGUGACACUGACCUCAAUGAGUUAACUGUUCGUGGCCUGGUUUCUGGAACUCCGUACAACAUCUCUGUGGCCACAGUCGGCCUGUUCCAGUACGCGAGUCAGCCGGUGCUCCGCUUCGUUACGACAAGACCAGAGAGCGUUCGGGGCCUUCAACAAUCCUCGACCACCGUUGACAUGAUCAGCAUAGCAUGGCAGCGGCCUGUUGGGUUCAAACCCGGGUACUCUUACGGCGUGACGGUACGGAACAGCACAGGCCAUCUCAUCAGGGACGGAAGCACCUCACAACUGUCCCAUAACUGGAUGGGGCUGUCUCCCGGCAACCGCUACACUUUCGGGGUGACCUCCCGGACGUCCGACGGAACACCGGGCUCUCCCGUGACCAUUUCCGUCUGUACGGAUGCGUCUCCCGUUGUCAUCUUCAAAUGUGACGGACCCAACCGCACUGGCCCCGUGCUGAACCUAGCGUGGGACAGUCCCGAAGGCGCUAACAAAGGAUUCAGUUUGACCUGGGGGGACACUGGGAGCGUGACCCUUCCCCCCUGCACAGGCAACUGCAGACACAACAUCGAAAACCUCUCGUACUACACCCGGUACCAAGUGCGCAUAACAACGCUUGGCUGUGGGGAAACCAGCAGUGUCCACAAAACUGACUGCCAGACGGGCAUCACAGCUCCACCUGAACCAAGCAGAAGCACUGGAUUUGCCGUCCGAGAAAAGAAGCAUAAUAUGUUUGUUCUGAAAUUCAACUCGAGCAUAUUAAAUAGUAAAAACGGACCAAUUGUGGCUUAUGGUAUACUAAUGACAUCGAAUUUGAAAGAGUUUUCUAACGAAAACAACGUUGGUUUACAAAAAUACCUCAAUAAAACCCACGAUGACUGGACAAAAGAUGAAAGUGUCCCUUAUCUGGCAACCGCACUUGAUACUAAUGUAGAACAAACUCGAAAUGAGAAAUCUGAGUUUGAGGUGAACAUAGGAUCGGGUUCGAGGUGGAACGGAUACACCAACGGACCGCUGUCGGCCAGGACAACUUACAGAUUUGCGUUAGUGAUGUUUACCUACGUUGCACUAGCAAAUGAAUUGGUUGACGCAUCACGAUCCUUGUUCUCAAUAUCUAAGUUUUUUGACGAAGAUGUCGCCCUUCCAGAAAAUCCAACGGUUAUUACGGUGGGGGCCUUGGCAGGAGCGCUGUCCGCAGUAACCUGUUUCACAGCCAUUGCAGCCGGGGUCUACUGGAAGAAAGCUACCAGGAAGACACCUUCAGACAUCCCUAUCGAGUCCAUGAGAGCCAAAGUUGGUGCCCCUGUGCGAGUGGAGGACUAUGAGGCGUACCACCGGAGGCAAAGUGCCAAUUCCAACUGCGGCUUUGCCGAAGAAUAUGAGGAGCUGAAGCCUGUCGGCAUCGGCCAGUGCAAGGUUAGCGCAGAGGCCCUGGAAAACAAGGGAAAAAACCGCUACACCAACGUCCUCCCGUACGAAUCCUCACGAGUCAAGCUGUCGAUCCAGGGAAGUCCGUACGACGACUACAUCAACGCCAGCUAUGUCCCGGGGUACAACUGCAAGAAGGAGUUCAUCGCGGCCCAGGGUCCUCUGCCCGGCACGGUGGACGAGUUCUGGCGGAUGCUCUGGGAGAAGAACGUCCGCACGCUGGUCAUGCUGACCAGGUGCAACGAACAGGGACGGGUGAAAUGUGAAGAAUACUGGCCUUCCCGGACCAAACAUUUUAAAAACAUCUUCGUGACAACCACGUCUGUAGUCCCAUUGGAGGACUGGACCGUCAGAGACUUUGAUGUCAAAAAUGUGAAGACAGCAGAGACGCGCUCUCUGCGCCAGUUCCACUUCACAGCCUGGCCCGACCACGGGGUCCCGGAGUCCACCGAACUGCUCAUCGACUUCCGCCACUUGGUGCGGGAGCACAUGGACCUGGUCUCCCGAAACUCCCCCACCGUGGUGCACUGCAGUGCGGGAGUGGGCCGGACGGGCACCAUGAUCGCCAUCGACCACCUCCUCUUCCAGAUCGAGAGGGACAGCAUGGUGGACCUGUACGGAACCGUGUACAGCAUGCGGAUGCACCGGGCCCUCAUGGUCCAGACCGAGGACCAGUACGUGUUCCUGCACAAGUGUGCCUUGGACAUCAUCAAAUCGAGGACGGGGACCAACGUGGACCUGAUUUAUCAGAACGUAGCAGCGGUCGACAUUUACGAGAAUGUUACGACCAUAAAGGGGGCGGCAGGGGUCUCGAGACCAUAGCCUUCGCCCGAAACCUUCCAUCUCCACGCCCUGCAGCACAGAAUCCUCCUGCCUAAUGAUCUUGAAGAUUUAAGGAAAAAUAUUUUAUGUCUUUUAUACAGAAAGUUUAAUAUUUUUUAAUGAAUCUGAAUUGUUAAUUUUUUCAGUUAAAAUUUUUAAAUUUAUUUUGGCUGACUUUUCAGGUAAACAAUAUGCAAUAGUUUUGAUAGUGGAAACUGCAAAAAUACUGUAUGCAUUAAGCUUUGCACAUUCCUUGUAAUGAAGAAACAGGCUAUUUUAUAAAUUGGUAUUUUUGUGCUUAUGAAACAGAUUGUUUCAGUACCGCUAAUCAGGAUAAAUAUAUGGCUAUUUACGCAAUGUUUUUUUUUUGUGAAUACAGGAUAAGAUUUUAUAAAUAUCCUACUGAAACAAAUUUAAGUACACAAGCACACACAAACACACACACUGCACAUAAACACACACACGCACACACAGACAUACACAUGCACACACAAACACACACACACAUGCGCGCACACGCACACGUCCUGAAAAAUGUUGCACUCAGGACAUGGUUUUUCUUUCUUAGGGCUGGUAGGCGGGGUGCCAUUCGUUUUAAAAAUAAACUUUGUGAUAUUUAUGUCACCACAAGCCUGUCAUCAGGUUAUGUGGUUAUGUUUUUUUCCCUCAUAUGCUUCAGAAGCAGAGCACUUAAUUUCAGUUUCCCGCGAUAGCUGUGCUCAUAUGGUCUGCCCUGCACUGGUACUGUGACGUCUAGGCCCUGGCACACCAGCCAGUUUCUUCAGAGGCCAUUUUGUUUGUGUUUCUUACUUGGGGGUUCGGGGUGGGGGAGGGGGGUGUAGGGUUUUUUGUCAGAGCACUGUGGAAAUCUGACACACAGUGAAGUGAUCUGCACCAGAAUCAGGGGCCUUGUGAACGUUUCCGUUCCGCAAAGAGUACGUGUUUCCAUUUGACACGGCAGCUGUUGAGAGCGAAUGUAUAGCACAGUACAAAAAUCCAUGCUGGAAUUUUCAGUGUAGUACAAUGUGAUGUGUGUUCAGAUCAUCAAUAUGUCUAAUAUGGUAUGAGAUGAUUUGCUGAAUUUUAAAUUGUUUAGUUUUUUGUUUAUAUUUUAAUUUCAACCUAUUCUCAGCACUGUUUGACUGAAUGCACUGGUUGCAUAUUUUAUGCAUUUUUGACUGUAUUAGUAACUAACUUUUCGAUUUCUAUUUUUGAUUUUUACAUGAGGAACAUUAGAGUUCCCUUUUUAAUAUAGUCACAGCAGAGUGACUCUGUGUAAAUUAAAUAAUUGUUGCUACACGCUGUUGAAAUGUCAUUUUUGCUUUGUUUAUAAGCUGACCCUGUUGGCUUCUUGCGCAUAUAUCUACUUGGGGUUUGUGACCCCCCUCAAAGACGGCUCAGCAGAGGAAGGUCAAAGGGCAUAGGUCAAUUCAUGUCGUGGACCUUCCAGAAAACUGCCUCAGUCUUUUUUUAUUUUUUUCCUCAUUGUGUUUGUUAGAAGUGAAAUUACCAGUCAGAACACAAAGAAAAUGGCUGAAGUAAGAUGCAGGUAAACCCUACCUAUACCUCAGGUACAGUGCUGAGAUGAUACGCUGUCAUAACUGAGCUGUGAUAUUAAAGUUGAGUGCUUAUUAAACUGCUGAAGUACCAGCUGCUGAUGUGGGCAGGGGUGUUGGCUGUUUUUAUUGGUUCUGUAUGUUCAGUGCAUGCAUCAGUACCGAUUGCUCAGUUUGCCCACAAAAAAAAAAAAAAAAGUAAAAAGUUAAUUUUACAGUAAUGCGGUAACAGGCUAUGUAUCUGAGGAGUGUUAAAUGUAUUACGGUGUUUCGCGGUAAAUAAAACAAUUAUUUACAUUUUA